GGCUGCGGGCGUGCGACGAGGAGUUCGCGUGCCCCGAGCUGGAGGCGCUGUUCCGCGGCUACACGCUGCGGCUGGAGCAGGCGGCUACGCUGAAGGCGCUGGCGGUGCUCAGCGGGCUGGCGGGCGCGCUGGCGCUGGCCGAGCUGCUGGGCGCGCCGGGGCCCGCGGCCGGCCUGGCCCGGGGCUCGCACCCCGCGCACUGCGUGCUCUUCCUGGCGCUGCUCGUGGUCACCAACGUGCGCUCGCUGCAGGUGCCCCAGCUGCAGCAGGUCGGCCAGCUGGCGCUGCUCUUCAGCCUCACCUUCGCGCUGCUGUGCUGCCCCUUCGCGCUCGGCCGCCCCGCGGGGACCCUCGCCGGCGCCGCUUCGGGGCCGGCGACCGCCGACCAGGGCGUGUGGCAGCUCCUGCUGGUCACCUUCGUGUCCUAUGCCCUGCUGCCCGUGCGCAGCCUGCUGGCCAUCGGCUUCGGGCUCGUGGUGGCCGCCUCGCACUUGGUGGUCACGGCCACCUUGGUACCCGCCAAGCGCCCGCGUCUCUGGAGGACGCUUGGUGCCAACGCCCUGCUCUUCCUCAGCGUGAACAUGUAUGGGGUGUUUGUGCGCAUCCUGGCCGAGCGCUCCCAGCGGAAAGCCUUCCUGCAAGCCCGGAACUGCAUCGAAGAUCGGCUGAGGCUGGAGGAUGAGAACGAGAAGCAGGAGCGGCUGCUCAUGAGCCUUCUGCCCCGGAAUGUUGCCAUGGAGAUGAAGGAGGACUUCCUGAAGCCCCCCCCCCCGUGCUGCUGCCCAUCAAGUGGGAACGUGGGACCCUCCCCUCCAGCCCGCCCUGAGGCUAAGCAGGGAGGUGGGUUCUGGGGUGCGUGGAGGGGUCGCCGUCUGCUGGGGAGGCUGGGCCCCGCAUGGCCACGGAGGAGGCAGCCUGGGCCUUCUCCUUGCAGCAUCCUCUUUGCGGACAUUGUGGGCUUCACGGGCCUGGCGUCGCAGUGCACGGCACAGGAGUUGGUCAAGCUCCUCAACGAGCUGUUCGGCAAGUUUGAUGAACUGGCCACGGAGAAUCACUGUCGCCGCAUCAAGAUCCUAGGGGACUGUUACUACUGUGUGUCCGGCCUCACCCAGCCCAAGACCGACCACGCCCACUGCUGCGUGGAGAUGGGCCUGGACAUGAUCGACACCAUCACGUCUGUGGCCGAGGCCACCGAGGUGGACCUGAACAUGCGCGUGGGGCUGCACACAGGCAGGGUCCUCUGCGGGGUCCUGGGCCUGCGCAAGUGGCAGUACGAUGUGUGGUCCAAUGACGUGACCCUGGCCAACGUCAUGGAGGCGGCUGGCCUACCUGGGAAGGUCCACAUCACGAAGACGACCCUGGCGUGCCUGAACGGGGACUACGAGGUGGAGCCAGGUCAUGGACAUGAGAGGAACAGUUUUCUGAAAGCUCACAACAUCGAGACCUUCUUCAUCGUGCCGUCACAUCGGCGGAAGAUAUUUCCAGGGCUGAUCCUCUCUGACAUAAAACCAGCCAAGAGGAUGAAGUUCAAGACCGUGUGCUACCUGCUCGUGCAGCUGAUGCACUGUCGGAAGAUGUUCAAAGCAGAGAUCCCGUUCUCUAAUGUCCUGACGUGUGAGGACGACGACAAGCGGAGGGCGCUGAGAACCGCGUCGGAGAAACUGCGAAACCGCUCGUCGUUCUCCGCAAAUGCUGUCUACACCACCCCGGGCACGCGCGUCAACAGGUACAUCGGCCGCCUCCUGGAAGCGCGCCAGACGGAGCUGGAGAUGGCGGACCUGGACUUCUUCACUCUCAAGUACAAGCAGGCUGAGCGGGAGCGCAAGUACCACCAGCUCCAGGACGAGUAUUUUACCAGCGCCGUCGUUCUGGCCCUCGUCCUGGCCGCCUUGUUCGGCCUCGUCUACCUGCUCAUCAUCCCACAGAACCUGGUCCUCCUGCUGCUGCUGGCCUUCUGUAUCUGCUUCCUGGUGGCCUGCGUCCUGUACCUGCACGUCACCCGGGUCCAGUGUUUUCCAGGGUGCCUGACGAUUCAGAUCCGCACCGUCUUGUGUAUCUUCGUCGUGGUCUUAAUCUACUCCGUGGCCCAAGGAUGUGUGGUGGGCUGCCUGCCCUGGUCCUGGAGCUCCACCCCCAACGGGUCCCUGGUGGUCCUGACACCCAGCGGCCGCAACGCCGUGCUGCCUGCCGCGCCCUGUGAGUCGGCGCCCCACGCCCUGCUCUGCGGCCUUGUGGGUACCCUCCCGCUGGCCGUCUUCCUGCGGGUGUCCUCCCUGCCCAAAAUGAUCCUGCUCUUUGUGCUCACGACGUCCUACAUCCUGGUCCUGGAGCUCAGCGGCUACACCAGGGCCCCCGGGGGCGGCGUGGCGUCGGGGCGCAGUUUCGAGCCGAUCAUGGCCAUCCUGCUGUUUUCCUGCACCCUGGCCCUGCACGCCCGUCAGGUGGACGUCAAGCUGCGGCUGGACUACCUCUGGGCGGCACAGGCAGAGGAGGAGAGAGACGACAUGGAGAGGGUGAAGUUGGACAACAAGAGGAUUCUCUUCAACCUCCUGCCAGCCCACGUGGCUCAGCACUUCCUCAUGUCCAACCCCCGCAACAUGGACCUGUACUACCAGUCCUACUCACAGGUGGGCGUCAUGUUUGCUUCCAUCCCCAACUUCGACGACUUCUACAUCGAGCUGGACGGCAACAACAUGGGGGUGGAGUGUCUGCGUCUCCUGAACGAGAUCAUCGCAGACUUCGAUGAGCUCAUGGACAAAGACUUUUACAAGGACUUGGAGAAGAUCAAGACCAUCGGGAGCACCUACAUGGCCGCUGUGGGGCUGGCGCCCACCACUGGGACCAAGGCCAAGAAGGGCAUCUCCUCCCACCUGAGCACACUGGCCGACUUUGCCAUUGAGAUGUUCGACGUCCUGGAUGAAAUCAACUACCAGUCUUACAACGACUUUGUGCUCCGUGUGGGCAUCAAUGUGGGCCCUGUGGUGGCCGGGGUGAUUGGGGCUCGGAGGCCGCAGUACGACAUCUGGGGGAACACGGUCAACGUGGCCAGUCGGAUGGACAGCACCGGCGUCCAGGGCAGAAUCCAGGUGACCGAGGAGGUUCACCGUCUGCUGCGCCGGGGGACCUACCGCUUCGUGUGCCGCGGGAAGGUCAGCGUCAAGGGCAAGGGUGAGAUGCUGACGUACUUCCUGGAAGGCAGGACGGACGGAAACGGCUCCCAAGCCAGGGAGCGGAAAGUGUGUGGCUACGGGCGAGCCGGCCUCCAGGGCAGACUGGGCACGGGCCCGCCCCCGGUGUCCUCCAUGGCCGGCCUCCCGGUCAGAGCUGGGAUGGGGGCUCUGCAGGGCUCAGGGCUCCCCCCCUGCCCCCAUGGCCAGCACCUGCCCCCCGGAGCAGCUGGGAAGGAGGCUUAGCGGAGCCCACGCUGGCUGCCGGGGGCUCAGGGCACAAAUGUGCGGGGCGUCUGGGCCUCAGGGGCUCCAGCAGGGACCAGCCCGGCCGACAGCAGGGCCGGGUGCCAGCAGCUGGGCUGUGGAAGGGGAGCCGUCCAGGCAUGACCCGAAGCAGCCGGGCAGUGACGGGCCAGGGGCAGCCCUGCCCGAGUGGACUUGAGGCUUUCACGGGACUGUGCUCGCGCAGUCCUCUCCUCGGUGGCAGAGAAGGAGCAGCUGCCUGGGAGCGGCCGGGUCAGCGUCAGGCUCUGGGCCCUUCAGGACAUCCUGCGGGGCUGCAGGCUUCCAUUUAGCCAGAGCUGUGGAGCUGUGGCCGGCGGGCGUGAGCGCGAGUGUGCCCCUAGGCAGAUGCACCAUGAACCCUGUGUGGUGGGGCCUGCGUGGACAGAAGCCAGGCCUCGCUUGGCAGGGCCGUGAGGGCAAGAACGCGACCCAGAUGGCUGGGCCCCUGAUGGGUGGUUUUGGGGAGAACAGACAAGCCCCCUGUGUGGCUGUGCAGGUGGUGGGGACACCUCCUUCCAGAACGGUCUUUGCUGAGAGCCAGAGGCGGGUCUUCUGGAACUCACGGGCCCCCGAGCCACGUCUCCACAUCAAGACCAGCGUCCUCCCUGUUCUGCGCUGUGCUGUCCCUUGACCCCUGACGGCACCGGUUCCUACAGACCCUGGCUGUUCUGGUCACCGUGCUGGUCAUCUUGGUCUCCAGUACUUACAACAUGAGCCUGCAUGGAUUUUGAAACAAGUGAACCUCACGACCCAGAGAGAGCUUGGGCGGAAGAACCAGCGGCCGGACGGGGAGUCUCGGAGUGAGUUUCGGGCUGCACGUGCGGGUGUCCGGCCCCCUGCAGGGAACUGUGCAGAGGUCUGGGAGUCACCUAUGUGCGCAGGGACAGACCGAGGACGCCGGGAUGUGCUGCUGGGGGCACAGGGUGGCAGCCGGGGGAAAGGACAGACCAGAAAUACCCGGACGAGACAUUCGGGGGCCUCAGCUCUGACUGCAGGAGGAAGACCGUUUUGGCACCGGAGGGGGUCUGGGCAGACAAGUCCAUCUGGGGACCAGUCCUGACCUGCAGCUCCAGCAUGCAGUGCGGGGGGCUCUGGGGGACUGAAGCCAGUGAAGGGGCCUGGGGGUCCUGCUCCCGGGGAUGUCCCCAGGCUGCUCCUGCUGGAGGCCUGCGAGGCGUGGCAUGCUCCGUGGGGGGCGACCCUGCCCAGCCGUGUUGCCGGGCGGGGGCUCUGCGGGGCAGUCCGCGCAGGUUCAGGACAGAAGUGGGUGGGUGGACAGCCUCCCUCCUGAGAACAAGCUGUUUGCUGGGCCAGCAACAGCCAUCGCUACAUCGACAAGGUCUCAGUGGCCCGGCCCGCGCACCCCCCCCCCCCACC